AUGGCUAUCCCCCUAGAUAAUACCUCCGCCAUAUCUGCUAGGGGUGACAACCUCCAGUCGUCCGAGGUGACAGCUGCGAAGCCCAAAGUGCCGGCCCCAACCAACGACGUGCUUGACCCGCUGAACUGGUCCAGACUCAUGAAGUACAACAUCAUUGCAAUUGUUUGCUUCUUUUACUUCCUGUUGACGUACCUCACAACGGCUCCUGUCCCAUCCUUUUCACUGUUGGAAGAGCAAUUCGAUGCGUCCUACAACCAAGUGAACUGGUCAUUCGGCAUAUCCGCAUUUGGUCUGGCCUUUGGUCCGCUCGUGACGUCUUCGCUGGCUGAAACAUACGGACGGCGGAUCGUUACUAUUAUCUCAACUUCAAUGGCAGUGCUCGCAAGUGGCUGUACUUCAAUCAAAGGCCAAACGAUUGGCCAAUAUAUGGCCGCCAGAUUUUUCCAAGGCUUCGCCGCCGGGCCAGCAGCAAAUGUCGGCUUAAGCAUCAUCAACGACGUCUCCUGGGAGCACGAAAGAGGCUUCCGUAUCGGCUUAUGGGCAAUGGCCGCAAAUAUCGGGAGCGUACUUGGUGGUUUGAUCGGUGGAUUUAUAGCCACCGUUGAUCAAUACUGGGUAGCAUAUCAUGUCACGAUGGCAUUCGCCUUCCUUCUCGUCUGGGAGGUGCUCUUCCUGCCAGAGACACAAUAUCCUCGUAGUGUCGUCGUCGAGUAUGAGCGCCAACAUGGUGCAUCCGAGAUUCAUGACGGAGGCUCAACUCUUGAUAUGAAAAGAACCAAACAACUUCCCUGGCUAAAUAUUCGCAAAAUUCCGGGUGUCGCCCAUCCAAAACCAUGGGAGACAUUGAUAACCUUUUGCAAGCUCUGGGCGUAUCCCAGACUUGCGGUGAGUGUUUGUGGUUACAUUUUUCUCCAUUAUUGGUGGAUUGUCGCUUUGCUCUCGAUGAUUCCGGCUGCGUACUAUGAGUACAAGAUUCAGAUCCAAGGAUUGUUCUUCACGGGACCUCUAAUUGGCGUGAUAUUUGGGGAACUCUUCUGCUCUGGACGAUUGAGCGACUAUAUCGUAGCUCGCUUGUCGCAGAGGAACGGUGGUAUUCGGAAACCAGAGAUGCGGCUUUGGCUUGGCUAUCCUGGUGCCCUGUUGUCGGCCAUCGGGUUGGCCAUCUGGGGAGCUUCGGUGGAAAAAAGCUGGCAUUGGAUCACUGGCCAGAUUGCCCUUUUCCUUUUUGCCGUUGGGCUCCAGGCCGGCAACACCACAUUGACAACCUAUAUUGUCGACAGUUACCCCGAGCACGCCAUCGAGGUCAUCACGUUUUACUCAGUGGUUAUCAACAUGUCGGCCUUUAUCGUCCCUUGGUACAUCUAUGAUUGGACCAAUGCUGUUGGGUAUGGCUGGUGCUUCGGCACACAAGCUAUCAUUUGUGCAGUUUGUCUACCACUGACAUAUUUGAUUCUCCAUGGUCGGCAGUGGAACAAGCCAAUAGUUUUGACGUCUGAUGAGCCCAUAAUUGGCCUAAGGAGGGAAAAUGCUGAGCCAGAGAAGUCGUAG